AUGGCCGAAUAUGAUGAACCGGUUGAGAAUGAAGAGAAGUAUUUGCGUGCAGCUCCUGCUACUUCAGAAAUCAAAAAAAUAUCAGAUAAAAAGCUACGAGCUAAACUAUUGCAGCAGGAAAAAAAUAGCCGUGAUGCCGCACGAGCUGCAGCCAGAGCAGAACUUUUAUUGCAAGAGGACGCAGGUUAUUUAGAAGCAGAAGGAAUAGAAAAGACUUUCAAAUUUAGACAAGAUCAGUUAGCACCUAGUCUUGAUGUCAAUACUGUCAGCAAGAUUUUCACACUUGACCUGCCUCAAUAUGGUCCUUAUUCCAUAGAUUAUACCCGCAAUGGCCGACAUUUAUUGAUUGGCGGACAUAAAGGUCAUAUAGCAGCGUUUGAUUGGCAAACAGGACAUCUUCAUUUUGAAACACAUGUUAAUGAGGCUGUGCGUGAUGUUACAUGGCUACAUAACGAGACAUUAUUAGCGGUUGCUCAGAAGAAAUAUGUCUACAUCUACGAUAAAUCCGGCAUGGAAAUCCAUCGUUUGACACGCCACACCUACGUCGACAGGCUGGAAUUUUUGCCUUACCACUAUCUACUUGUCUCAGUUGGUAGUAACGGCUACCUCAAGUAUCAAGAUACAUCUACUGGAGAAAUUGUUGCCGAAAGACGUACAGGACUUGGUCCAUGCAACACAAUGACACAAAAUAGAUAUAAUGCAGUAAUCAACUUAGGACAUCAAAACGGUACAGUGACACUUUGGGCUCCCUCCAUGCCUGCACCACUUGUAAAAAUGCAAUGUCAUCGGGGUCCUGUCAAAGCCAUUGCUAUCGACAGAGGAGGACAUUAUAUGGCUACAUCUGGCGCUGACGGACAAAUGAAAUUAUGGGAUAUUAGAACUUACGGACUUUUACAAGAAUACUAUACAACUCGUAUAGCAACCUCACUCGACAUUUCUGAUACCGGGUUAUUAGGUGUAGGUUGCGGUGCACAUGUACAAGUGUGGAAAGAUGCGUUCAAAACAAAACAAAAUUCACCCUACAUGUCUCAUCUGGAAGGUGGCUCCAUCAUCGAAGAUCUUAGGUUUGUGCCAUUUGAAGAUGUGUUAGGCUUCGGACAUAGUAAAGGUAUCUCCAGCAUUGUCAUACCAGGCGCUGGUGAGGCCAACUUUGAUUCAUUUGAAGCCAAUCCUUAUCAAACUAAACGUCAACGCCAAGAAACCGAAGUACACUCUCUGUUGGAUAAAUUGCAGCCAGAUAUGAUUAUGUUGGAUCCCACACAAAUUGGUGGAGUGAAUAAACAAACAAAGGCGGACAUUUUGAAGAAACGAGCUGCAGAAGAAGAAGCGGCGGAACGAAGUGAGGAAGUAGACGAUGGCAGAUCUGUCAAAGAAAAGAAGAAAAUGAGAGGCAGAAAUUCUGCAUUGAAGAGAUAUCAGCGCAAACAGGCAAAGAGAAAUGUAAUUGAUCAUAAGCGGUUGGAUGCGGAAGAAAAACUCGCCGCUGAAAAAGCCAGAAAACAGAAGGAACAAGAUAAAGAUAAACCAUUCACUACACUGGACAUUUUUAAUUAG